UACCUCCCUCUCUCAUAUUCUUCUUCUCCACACAACAUACCUCCCUCCCUCUACCUCUCUCAUAUGCUAUUCCCGUUCAUAGAAGUCGUGUUUCAUGUUGAGAGACGAAGUCGCCCGAAGAAGAGGACCGGGUUAUUGAAGAUGCAGCACAAUUGUUGAUUUUGGGCGAUUAGCGAGUGUGUUUCGGAUCUGGUCUUGCAAUAUGAAGGUUAUCGCUAAACGGAGAAGGUUGGAGGCCGGAAAAGCGGGAGAAGAUGUUGUGAUUAAAACCGCCUGUUACCCAAAGGAUUUCAAAUUAACUUGUGAAGCCCUAUCAAGUAGUAAGAGAAAUGCUGUGGUGCAAAUGGGAUUCGGCCCAUUAAUGGAGAUGGGAUGCAUAAAACUGAACCGGGACUUAUGUCAAAUGGUUGUCGACAACUUGGAUGUGCAACAGGGGAGAUGCUCUAUUCAGAUUCAGGGGAGAUAUUUGUCCAUAAAUGCCACUGUAUUCGAACGUGUGAUGGGGGUUAGGAACACCGGGACACGAGUUGAGUUGGGGUGUGUCGAUGUUGAUGACAUGAAGGAGCUGGGAAGGAAGUUGUGUGGUGGGAAUGAAGAUAUAAGUAUAGACAGUAUGAAACAAAUCAUUGUUGCAAGGGAGGAGGCGGAUGAUGUUUUCAAAAGUUUCUUUGUAAUGUAUACUCUAGUUGUACUGUUGUGCCCCAGCACCCCUUACAUGGUUGACAUGAGGUUCCUUGUUGCAUUGAGUGACGCCUCAUCCAUUGGUAGCAAGAAUUGGGCAUCAUUGUGUUUCAGACAUCUAUUAGAUGGUGUUGUUGCCUAUAAGAAUAACCGGACUGGUUACAUGAGUGGAUGCAUGGUGUUUUUACAAUUAUUUUAUUUUGAUGCAGUUGGAUAUAGCUCGUCUAUUGUUUGUAAAUCAGUUCUCCCAGUUGUUGCAUGGACGUCAAAAAAGUGUAAGCAAAUGACAGAAUGGCCGCUGAAUUUGGUGGAAGUGAAGCAGCAGUGGUUUUUUCCAAUUCUGUUGAUGUGA